AUGGAUGUGAUUGUGAUUUAUGAAUUGGUGGAAACUGAAAUAAACGUAGGAAUUGGAGCUGCUUGGAAUACUGCCAAUGUUCAUGCUGGUUCAUCUAUAGCAGUCUUUGGUUUAGGUGCAGUUGGCCUUGCUGUUGCAGAAGGUGCACGGGCCAGAGGUGCUUCCAAAAUAAUAGGUGUGGAUAUUAAUAAAGACAAAUUCAUCACAGCCCGAGAUAUGGGAAUCACAGACUUCAUAAAUCCAACCGAUGAAGAGAAGCCAGUAUAUGAGAGAAUCAGAGAAAUGACCGGAGGAGGUGCAGACUAUAGUUUUGAAUGUACAGGAAACUUGAAUGUUCUAAGAGAUGCCUUCUUGUCUGUUCAUGAGGGUUGGGGAUUGACUGUACUAUUGGGAAUUCAUUCAAUCCCCAAAGUUGCUUCCCAUCCAUCCAAUGGAGCUCUUUGCCGGUCGCAGAAUUGA